AUGGAUACACUAGUCAUGGAAGACGAACGAAGGCGAUUGAUCAAAGCAUUGGCGAAAAACUACCAAAAUGAAACCGACCCGAGCAGUCAACCGGCCCACAAACCCUGGACAGCCGACUUCGUAGCUGGGAAAGGAGAAGGCAAGGUCUUUCUGCUGCACGGCACGCCCGGCAAUGGCAUCGCCGCAUACACCAAGCGUCCGCUCCUCGCCCUGGCUACAAGUGAUAUCGGCAAUAUGCCUUCGGACGCGGAGAGAAGCCUCAACCGCUAUUUCACGCGCGCGAAGCAGUGUAACGCCAUCCUCCUCAUUGAUGAAGCCGACAUCGACAUGGAACGGCGCGUGAAUCAAGACUUGACUCGAAAUAGCCUCGUAUCAGGUAUCCCUAUGAUUCUUACCACCUUCAUCUCUACAGAUAUUAACCCCAAACACCAUCACAAUGCUUACAAAGGUUUCACAGGCUUCCUCCGUGCAAUUGAAAAUUGUCAAAGCAUGCUCUUUCUAACAACUAACCGCAUUGGCUCCUUCGACGACGCUUUCGUCUCCCAUAUUCCCCUCUAUUACCGCGAGUUCAUCCAAAAGGAUCGACUCAAAGUCUGGAAGAUAUUUUUCGACAAAUUGGCGAGGGAUCGUAAGAAUGUCAUGAAUAUUCCAGCAGAGACGAUACUCUAUACGACUGAACUUGAAGUGACGGGCUUGAAGUGGAACGGGAGGGAAAUUCGAAAUGCGCUCCAAACAGCAUUUGCCCUAGCCGAUUUCGACGGCGCAGAUGAGGAUGGAAAGAUUACCCUGCGCAAGACGCAUAUCCAGCAGAUCGUGCGCAUGUCUUGGGAGUUUAAGGACUAUCUCAAAGAAUUGCAUCGCGGAGACGAAGCCAAGAAGGCGGAUCGGCAGCGAAUCCGGUAUGAUGAGUUUGAUGAAAAAAGUUGA